AUUAGAAUAUGGAGGUUGAAAACAUCAAAGUCGAUGAUAUUUUGCCAACAAGAGUUGCCAAGAAGCGAUCUUGCCAUGAUGACUCUGAAAUGCAAGUGGAUGAGACCACCGGAAUUGAGGGAGUUGCACGUAAGAGCCAGCCACCCAAGGCGAAGCGCAUAAAAAGUGAAAUGCGUAAAAUCGCAGUGCCACCACACAGGUAUUCAUCGUUAAAGGAACACUGGAUGAAAAUCUUCACUCCCAUUGUUGAGCAUAUGAAACUGCAAAUACGCUUUAAUAUGAAAGCUAGACAGGUUGAAAUUCGUGUUAGUCCUGAGACCCCAGACAUUUCAAAUCUUCAAAAAGGUGCCGAUUUUGUUAAGGCUUUCCUUUGCGGCUUUGAGGUCGAUGAUGCGUUGGCUUUGCUACGUUUGGAUGAUUUGUUCCUGGAGACAUUUGAGGUGAAAGAUGUCAAAACACUGAGAGGCGAUCACAUGAGUCGUGCCAUAGGUCGCUUGGCCGGAAAAGGAGGUCGCACCAAAUUCACAAUCGAGAAUGUCACAAAAACACGCAUUGUCUUGGCUGAUAGUAAAAUCCAUUUGUUGGGCAGUUAUCAAAACAUACAGUUGGCCCGCAGAGCCAUUUGUAAUUUGAUUAUGGGAUCUCCACCAAGCAAAGUCUAUGGAAACCUGCGUUCCGUUGCCUCACGUGUAAGCGAAAGAAUGUAAAUAAAUAGCAAAGAAUGUUUAGUUUUAAAUAUGAAGUAUAUAUAUAUAUUUUUAUAAAUUAAGAUUUUAAUACAAGUACACAAUUAAACAAAUAACUGAAGUGGA